AUGGACUUUAAACUGCUACUGUUGAUCAUACAAAUUUCAUUUAUUGAAUCGUACCUCUGCGGGUGUGGUUCUUGUCGAGGAGUCAAUGGUAAAGCCUGUGCCAGAUGCUGUACAGGAUACGUCAAAAGAAGUCAUGUCAAUCUGCCUUGGAAAAUUUGGGAAAGUCCACAAUUAAAUGACCGUAUAGCUUCCUCCACGGAAUAUGACGGUUAUUGGGAACCUGCAUACGCCGAUCCAAACUUCAAAAGCGAAAAAACCGUACAGCAAUUGCCUCGAUACUAUCGCAACUGGUGGAGUUACUCUACAUUACGAGAAAAAAGAAUCCAAAAAUCGCUGAUCGAAAUUCUCGGCCUUCGUCGAACGUAUGAUGACUACUAG